AGUGAAAUAAAUCCCGCUGGAUCCGGUUCAAGAGGAAAACAUAAAUUUGAAGUUUUUUAGGGGAAGUCUGGUCUGAACCUGGUUUAGUUUCCAAUCACGAAUAAUCUCGGAACACACCGCGAGAUUCAGGGCUGUGUUUUAUUUUUAAUAUUGUUUCAGAGGAAACCUCCCAGAUCAGGAGAAUUUUACCUGGACAGAAAGUGGGCUGGGCUCAUGAGGAUCUCCCGAGUCUCGGCCCGGCUCUUCCUCAGCGAUCUGGACUCAGCGCUGAACCUGGGGGUGCUGACCAGCAGGAACGUCACGCUGAUCAUCAACGCUUCUGGGUUGCAGGACGUUUCCUACCCGGCACUGGACGACCUGCAGGUCCUCCAUGUCCCCGUCCAGGACCAGCCCCAUGCCCUCCUGAGUCUUUACUUCGACCCGGUGGCUGAGCGGAUCCAGCAGAACCAAACAGGGACCACACUGGUUCACUGCACGGCUGGCAGAAGUCGCUCACCAGCUCUGAUUAUGGCCUACCUCAUGAGAUUCAAAGGUCUCAGCCUCUGUCAGGCCCAUGAACUGGUUCUGGAGUGCCGGCCGUUUAUUCGACCCAAUGCUGGGUUCUGGAGGCAACUGAUGGAGUACGAGAGGAAGCUGUUGGGUCGGAACACAAUGAGAAUGGUAAGAACAGCAGCCGGAGUUCUGCCUGAAGCCUUGCUGGACCCUGAUGGACCAAAGUACAAUGUGAAUGUGUGAAAUUGAACAGUUUGAUUCUGACCCAAACACAGGAUACCAGAACCAGAACUUUUCAAAGAUGAACACAUGAAAACACUGACGAGGUAAAAAACAGACGACACUUUAUUAAUACAGUAGAAGGAAUGAUAAGAGGGGGUAGAUCGGAUCAGUACUCAAAGCUCAAGAUGGUCCUGAUGUAAUCAGUAAUCGGAUCGGGUCAGCUGGUCAGUACUGGAAGCUCCUCUUGGUCUGGAUAUCAUCCAAGAUCUGCUGCAGCUCCUCAUCCUCAAAGCGACCCU